ACAAUAAUUGGAGAUAUAAAGAAAUACGUCAAAUAUUCCCACGUUUAAUGGAAUCGAUUUCUGAAAAUUAAUUAUUGUUUUGUUUGUUGAAAAUAAAUUGUAAACGAAAAUAAUAUAUUAUUUUGACAUAAUCGUUUAAAAUUUAGAGGGAAAGAACGAACUAAUACGUGACUAGGCCUGAGACUGUUAAUAAAAAGUAUUUCAAGUAUUGAAAUGUUUUUAAAAAAUUAAAAAAUUAAAAAAUUGUUUUUAAAAAGGCAAUUAGAUUUUGUGCUUUUACACUUUCAAGAAUUGAUAUGAAAUGAAUUCAUCGUAUCUAUUGAUAUAAAUUCUAAAUUAAAUAUAUAGAAAACAUAUUAUCUAUUAACAUAUUAUCUAUUUAAUGUUGUAAUCAGUUUUUUGUACUUCUUCAAACGUUUUCUCAAUCAUAAUAAUUUUCCAUAGUAAUCUACUGUUUGCGCAUAUGGAAAAAAACUAGAAUAUAACGUUUGAUGAUCGUAAAAUAAUUUUGUCAAGUGCUUGCAUCGUUUAUAUCGAUUAGAACGUCUAUUAAAUUAUUUUAAUGGAAGUACGAUGUCGUUUUUAAGAUAUUGCAUUUAACAUUUGUAUGGAAUAAAAACGAACCACGUGUGUCUAUGUAGAUACAUAAACACAGAUGAAUUCACAUACAUUUGCCAAACAAGAAAAGGAAAAGAACAAAAAAGAAAAAAGGGGAAAUGAAAAUAAUCGAUUAUUAAUCGAUCGAUGACAGAUACCGGAACGUAUAAAGUUAUUAUCGUCACAAGAAUACAUAUGAAAACACACACACACAAACAUAUGCCGCGCGUUCAUAUCAAUCUACACUACGAUCGCAAUAUUCCAAGUAGUAAUAAGUAUCUCAAUAGUUCAAAAAUUUAGUUACGCCUGAUCUUCCUUCGUUAUUGUGUAAAAAUUUUUUCCACGAAUUUUAUUAAAAUAGUCUGUCGAUUCGUUCUAUUUGAGAAAUAGUCCGAUUCGUUCAAUUUGAGAAAUACGAAAGAAAAAAUGAGAUUCUUUGUACGAUUAACGAUACUUGUUCCUCUUUUUCUUCUUCUUCCUUCAAAAAUCGCAAGAUCUUACGAAUUUCUUUCUAUCGGCGAAGAAUAUAUUCCUAUUAUCAUCAACAUUUGCAAAUUAUACAGAACGAAAUCAAUAAUUUUCUUGUACUCCGAAUCAAUGAAAGAAAUGGAAAUGGAAACGAUGAUUUUUAAAUGGACGCGUGCGCUUUCUCGAGAAGGAUUUACAUCCACGAAUUUGUACUUUUCGCAAUUGCAUAAAUCAUCGUAUUAUGUAGGGCAAAUCAAACGACCGCAUUAUAUCGCUGUGAUUUCAAAUUACAAUGCAAUUAAUGAGUUCUCUUUAGCAACCAGUACAUUUGACAUGUCUUUUGCUGCUUGGCUAGUGUUAUUCAUUUACAAGGGACAUGGCUCCAAUUAUUGUUACAGUCCACCAAGUAACAUAUUUCAUUUAAAAUUCAAUUCGAAAAUGUUGGUACGUUGCGGUAUGGAAAAUAAUUUACGAGAGUGGUAUUCGAUUGAUACGAAUCGAACCGAGAUCGUCGAUUUAGUAACAUGGAGCUUAGAAAAAGGAAUAACUAAAAUUGCUUCAGAUUCUCUUCUUCAUGAAAGAAGAUAUAAUUUAGAGGGUUUGAUAAUGAGAGCUGUUAUAAUUAAGGAUUCGUCGUUCCUAAUUGUAAACGAGGAUGGUGAAUUAGACGGGAUAUUCGGUAAAAUAUUAAGAGAACUUUCUAUGACUCUCAAUUUUAGUUUCAAUAUUGUUUCUGAAGUAGAAGAAUAUGGAAGUUGGAAUCUUAAAGAAAAGACUUGGUCCGGAGCAGUAGGAGAAUUAUAUGCUGGACGUGCUGACAUUUCUAUUUCAGAUUUUUCUAUUACCAGUGCUAGAUUGAAUGCUGUUGACUUUACGCUUCCACUUUUGCUUUCGAAAAAAUGUCUUUACAUUCGCGAGCCAGAAAUAUUUGCGAUUAAAUGGUCAUCUUUUUUUCUAACAUUCUCCUAUUCUAUUUGGAUAGCUAUAUUGGUGAUAUUAAUUGUUGGAUCGAUUUUAUUGAUUUUUCUCAAAAUACAGAAUGGAACGGAUCGUAACGUAGGACAUUUAUUAUCCGAUAAUUUUCUGGAGAUUUGGGGUAUAUUUUGUCAACAAGGAUUGGCAGAUUUUUCUGAUAAAUCUUCUUUAAGAAUAGCAUACUUCUCUAUCCUUCUUUCGGCUGUCGUUUUAUCGGCCGCUUAUUCUGCGGCUUUGAUAAGCUUUUUAACGUCUACUGUCCAUAUUUUACCCUUUCGUUCAUUAGAAAGUUUCGUUGAAGACGGCACUUAUCAAUUAUCUGUCUUUCGUGGUACGUCUGAUUAUGAUAUGUUUGUAAAUUCGAAAAAUCCGCUUGAAAAGAAAUUGAUGAAGUUGAUGAUAGAAGAAGAAAAAUUGACAACAAAUGUAGAGGAAGGAUUCAAGAGAAUUUGUAAAAAUCGGAAACUAGCAAUGUACUCGUCCGAGGAAGUACAAAAGAUUGUAAAUCUUAAAAUACCAUGUAACCUGGCUUCUAUUGAGACGGGACGCGUAGACAGUUUAGCCAUGAUUUUAUCUAAAAACAAUCCAUUCACAGACAUUAUCAAUUUUCAAAAUGGAAAUGACAACGAUGGUGUUCAAAUGGACGCGUGCCCUUUCUCGCGAAGUCCACCAGGUAACAUAUUUCAUUUGAAAUUCAAUUCUGAAAUGUUGGUACGUUGCGGUACGGAAAAUAUUUUACGAGAAUGGUAUUCCAUCGAUCCAAAUCGAACUGAGAUCGACGAUGUAGCAACUUGGAGUUUGGAGAAAGGAAUUAUUAAUAUUUCACCAAAUUCUUUUUAUGAAAGAAGAUCCAAUUUACAGGGUUUGAUCAUGAGAGCUAUUGUAAUUAGGAAUUCAUUAUUCAUAAGAAUAAAUAAGGAUGGCAAAUUGGACGGUCAGUUCGAUAGAAUAUUAGAAGAACUUAUUGGGAUGCUUAACUUUACUUUCGAUAUUGUCGCGGAACUAGAUGAGUAUGGAAGUUGGAAUCCAAAAGAAAAAUCUUGGUCCGGAGCAGUGGGAGAAUUAUAUGUUGGACAUGCUGACAUUUGCCUUUCAGGUUUUUCUAUGACCAGUGCAAGAUUGAACGUUGUUGACUUCACGCUUCCUCUUUUAACUUUAAAAAACUAUCUUUACAUUAAAAAACCACAAUUAUUUGCGAUUAAUUGGUCAUCUUAUUUUCUAGCUUUCUCCAAUUUCGUUUGGAUUGUUAUGUUUGGAAUAUUAAUUUUUGCAUCGAUAUUACUAGCUUUUUUCAAAAUAAGGUAUGAAACGGAUCGUAAUAUAGGAUAUUUAUUGAUCGAUAAUUUUCUAGAGAUUUGGGGUAUAUUUUGUCAACAGGGACUCGUAGAUUUUCCUGAAAGAUCUUCGUUAAAAAUAGCAUAUCUCUCUAUAUUUUUUUUGGCUGUAGUCUUAUCGGCUGCCUAUUCCGCGGCUUUGAUAAGCUUUUUAACAUCAGAUGUCACCAUCUUACCGUUUCAUUCCUUAGAGGGUUUCAUUGCAGACGGUACUUAUCAGCUUAUCGUACUUCGCGGUACGGCUGAUUAUGAUCUUUUUGUAAAUUCGGGAGAUCCACUUGGAAAAAAAUUGAGGAAGUUUAUACUGAAAGAUGAAGAAUUGCCAAUAAAUAUAAUAGAAGGAGUUAGGAAGAUUUGUGAAAAUCCGAAACUAGCAUUUUACUCGUCCGAUGAAAUAAACAAGAUUGUAAAUUUUAAAAUACCAUGCGAUAUGUUUCCUAUUGAAACCGGACGAAUGGACAAUUUAGCCAUGAUUUUAUCUAAGAACAAUCCAUUUAGGGAAGUUAUUAAUUUUCACUUGCAGAGAUUUAUCAAUAAUGGAAUGAUGAAUCAUUUAAAGGAAACGACAUCUAAAAUGAAAUCGUUUGGUAUGAUCAAGCAUCAACCGGUUUGUAUAAUCAACGUAAUAUCUCUUAUUUUCUUCAUCUUAAUUGGGAUCAUUUUGAGUACUUGCAUUUUGAUCAUGGAGAAGUUUUUUUUUGCUCAUGAAAGUAAGAAAAAUUUGAUGGUAGAACGUAUGCCGUUAAAAAAAUUAGAUUUUUAUGUAAAGAGAAAAAAAGGUAUAAAAAAUAUUACAAAUAGUUACACGAAUCGCAAAUGUUCAAGCGUAAAAUAUUAAAAACGAUUUAAUGUUUUUUCUCAACAAAUUUUUAUACCCUUAUUGUAAUUAUCUAAUGAAAUGGAGACAACCGUGCACUAUAUAAGCCUUUGCAUUAUUUAACACAGUUUUAAAUUGAAAUAUGUAUUGAUGUAAUCGCGUGUAUAAAGCUUUUUUUUUACUUGUCACGUUCACAUAUUUUAAUUCUUUUAAAUUUAAAAAAUUUUUUCUUCCUUACACGAAGUAUUACAUAUGUAUUUUAUAGACGAUAUAAAAGAAAAAAAUUAUGUUCGCUAUUUGUUAUGUAUGAAUUCGUUUUUAUAUAUGUAGAGAUAGUUAAUUUAAUUGUUUCUACGUGUGAAAUUUCCAAUGGUAGAUAUCACAAUGUGUGAUCAGUCAUGUACACUAUUAUAUUAUAUAUAUAACUAUAUAUAUACUAUAUAAUGAAAUUAUUUAAGAAAUAUUAAAUUCUUCUAAUAUUUACACUUCUAGUGAAGAAUUAACGUGAAAUGAAUAUUUUUAAAUUAUUUUAUUGUGUUAUAUGAUAUUAUUGCGUUUUCAUCGUAUCUAUUCGUAUAGGAGAUUUUAAAUUAUAUAUACACGAGACAUUUCAUGUGUUUGAAUUUUAUAAAGAAAUUGUUAUACAUCGCUUAACAUUUUCUUACACUGAGUGUAAUAAUAUUUUUCUAUGAGCUCGCAUUUGCGCAUAAGAAACAACUAGAGUGUAAUAUUAAGGUAUAUUUCUUCUAAUGUGUGGAUGAUUGGAGAUCAUUUUGUCAAGUGCUUGAUACAUUUAUAUCGAUCAGAGCAACUAUUAAAUUAUUUUAAUGAAAGUGCUACGUUGUUCUUACUAAUUUCUAUAUUGUCGAUACGUGCAAACGGAAAUGUAUUAACGUAUCGAUUAAAAAA